AUGUCAUCAUUAUCGACUAGAUUCUCCAAACAAAAACAUAUUAUAAAUAAUGAUCUAUCAGACAUUAUCGAAGAAACUAAACGUUGUUUGAAUGUUAAUAAUACACAACAUAUUGAUAGUAACUAUAAUAAUCUAUUAAAUUUAUCAAAUAAAUUCGAAAUACAAUCUUCAUCAUUAUCUUCUAUAUCAGAAUCUAAUUCAGUCUUAGAAAUUACUCAUCAAUGUCGAAAUAAGAAAAAAUCUCGAAUUGGAAAUCUUAAUAAAAAAUCGAAUAUUUCAAUUAAUAAAUGCAAAAAAAAUUCUACUUUAAAUUUAAAUAAUAAUAAUAAUAAAAAUUCAUUUGAAAAAAAAAUGAAUAUAUCCAAUGUAAUAUCAUGGUGGGAAGAUAAUCAACAAGAAAUUUUAAAUAAUAAAAACGAACAUGAUAAUAUGUUAAUAACAUCAGAUGAAACUUUACAAAAUAUUGUUAAUGGUGCACUUAAUUUAAUGUUAACUAAUUCAAAAUCAAGACUAGAAAAACAAAUUAAAACAUUUGUUGAUAGAAAAAAAUUAAAACGAAAUCGACAACAUAUUCAAUCAAAUGUAUGA